CUGUGUACGAACUGCUAAUAAAAUUUUCAUUCACCGUAGCGUGCUUAAAAAUGGUUCAAUCGCAUAGCCGUAGUCGAACACCACCGCGUAGCUACCGGAAGCGGCGUGGUUCUUCACGCUGUCGUCGAAGCCAUCGCCGAGGUCAGAAGUACCGCUCUAGUUGUCGACACCGGCGUUGCAGUAGUAGUACCAGCUACCAAAGUAGCUACAGUCGGACCAGUAUUUCUAGUUCCAGGAGCUCGCAUAUACGUAUUGCAGCACCCGAGCACACACGUCCUGUAGACCCGCCACCAAGUAUUUGUUUGGGCGUAUUUGGACUGAGCGUAUACACUGAAGAGUCGGAUUUGCGCACUAUAUUUUCAAAAUUCGGAACCAUUGAUAAAGUUUCGAUUGUGUAUGAUGCCAAAACAAAAACCUCACGGGGAUUCGGAUUUGUGUAUUUUCGAAAGCUAGAGGAAGCAUCUGCCGCCAAAGCACAUUGCAACGGAAUGGUCGUUCACGAAAGAACAAUUCGAGUAGAUUAUUCUGUAACGGAUAAACCACAUGACCCGACUCCAGGGGUUUACAUGGGUGACAGAACGUCCCAGAGAAGGUGUAACCGAAGCUCAUACGGUUAUCGAGGAAGAAGUUAUGAUGACGAUUAUUCUCGCGGGCGCUCAAGACGUAGCCGUUCUCGGACUCCUCAUCGACGCAGUCACAGGCACAGACGUCACCGCCAUCGACAUGUGACCCGUUCUCGUAGCCGUUCAUUGUCUUAUUCUUCGCGUAACUCGCGUCGCUUUUCGGGUUGAUGAACCUUUUACAUAUUCGACAGUCAGGUAAUUAACUUGAUGUCCCUCAGAGCAGUGGUUUUAUAUAGCUGCAGUGAA